AUGUCUAACACCUUUUACGAUUUAUUUUGGCUUGAUGGGACCCUGAGUGUAAAGUCCUUCCACUCAUCAAUAAUGCCUGGUUACAAACAAGAAAUGCCUCCUCCCGGAGGUUUCGCUCCAAUUGAUGUCUCAAGAAAAAUGCCAAAAGGCUAUGUACACGGUCUUAUAACACUUGGCGCAUUGUAUACUUCAACAUAUGUGGGCUUUAAAGUUCUCAAACAUAUGAAAGGAAAACAAACUAAAAUUAAUAGAGAAGACGAAGAAUGUCGAAUUGCCCUUGCUCCUUUCAUUAUAGCUGAACAAGAACGAUUAUACUUGAAACAAUUACGAAAAAUCGCGAAUACGAACAGAAUUUAA